GGAACAACAACUCCGAUAUUAACAGUUGCCGCGGCCUCUUCCGCAACGAAACAAACACGAAUACUAUGUCACAUCAGAUACAACGACACAUUUAUAGAUCGUCAUUACCAUACCUCAAGUCGGCUUAGAUACUUUAAAUGUUUGUUGAUUAGGUUAUAUUCUCAUACACCUAAUACACCUAAAUCUCCUAGGGCGAUAUCCAAGCUGAAGAUAAGGCCUUGCAAUGCUUGCAUCCAUCAGACUCAAGCAACGAAAUUGAACGAAUACGGACCAGAGACUACGCAACCAGUGCCAACCACACAUACAUGGUCACAUACAUAGUCACAUACAUAGUAUCAGUAUCUACCAUUCAGGUUAUCUGCAGAUGUCUUACAUUUCACUCACAUGCCUCUAUUCUCGGCCUAUCGAUUAUCUUCCACUCCUUUACCGCUCGUCUCCUACCCGUCUCCCUUGUAUUUUUUUUUUCUUUUUUUUCUUUUUUUUCUUUUUUUUCUUUUCCUCAUUAUACUCAUAACAUUUAUCUCGAGUCCACCUUUAAGUGAAUCGUCAUGUGCCACGGCGCUGCCGCGUAAUCAUUUGGUAGGGCUUUGAAGUAGGCACUAGAGUCAAGUUUCAUGGACCUUGACACUGUAAGCGACCUCGUUGAGACAUUGGUGGCGACCUACGAAGCGGCUCUUGAGUACUACACCGAGUGGCGGCACCGACAAUGGCGCGCGAACCAUUAUCCAUCACGUACCCAAGAUGUCCCUUAUAGUAGCAAGGCUUGUGCCUUGCAUGCGUCUUUAAGUCAUUCAGCCUGGAAGAUUAGGGAAACUUAUGAGAACAGAACCGAGAUUCUUGGUGAUGGAUACGCAAUCGGGGAUGAAAUAUGCCGCCGAAUACUACAGGACGACCUCAAGCGUCUGCAAAGCCAAUUAAACCCACUGCGCGAAGUGACACAAGCAGAGGACAACUCGCUUCCACUGUUUGCAAUGGUACGUGCCUCGGAAGACGUCCGGGUCUCUUGCUUGGCCGCUUUAGCCGAUCAAUAUAAACGCGUUGCCGUCGGCCGGCUGUUGCCCCGAACUCUACCUAGCAGAGCCUAUCAGCAGUCGAGACGUAGUAGUAUGAUGAGUGAUGAUAGUACAGUGAAGCCAGCCGAUGAUGAUGGCUCAGUCCAUACAGACGUUUCGGAAGACACGCACAUCACUUCCUCCACGACCAGCCUCAAGUCUCCUUACUCGCAAUCGGAACCCCCUUCUCCGCCCCCAACUCCCAACUUAAUUUCCCAUAAUCGUCAUUCCACUUACUCCUCCAUGACCAGCCCUGGUUGGCAGGUUGACAAUAGCGUAUUCAGCAUGUUCUGCCCCGAGGCACUGAAAUAUCAAAUUAACCCACGAAAAGCGAUACCGCAACAUCACGCUUGUAGAUGCGGAUAUGAAUGGUAUGGGGAUCAUACCAAGUGCUGGAAAGCCACGGUGCUGAAGGAAGGGUUCAAGCUUUCGCCUAGGUUUCUUGGUAAAUCACAUCACGAAGACGGGUUCGGCUGUGUGUUAUGUGUUUCGAGCGGGAAAACACCAACGUACGGCAGUGUCGGGGAGUUGAGAGAUCAUAUCAAUGUGUCUCACACCAAAUGGCAAAUACUCCACGACCGAGACCUGACAUAGCUAAAUGCCAUCCCAGCAGUUUGUGAUAUUUCCUAACCUACCCUAGGGAAAUACCUUUGAGCUCUGUUUUCAUUCGAUCGAGGAGUGUCACAAAAGCUCUGGUAUCAAUCUCGGCUUAAUCGAGUUUAGGGCCCUACUAUUUAACGGAGCCUUCAAUUGCCCCGAGACGGGCCAGG